AAGCGCGUCUGUGCGAUGUGCUCCAAGCCGACGACGCUCCGGUGCAAGCGAUGCAAGAGUGCCAAGUACUGCACCGUCAAAUGCCAGAUAGAUCACUGGAGAAAUGGUCACAAAGAUGAAUGCCAUCCUCUAGGUCAAGGUGCCACACAAGAUGCACCUGAAAAUGUGAUGGCUGGACCCUCUAAGGAAUCCACUAACUGCCAGAAAUGUGAUGACAAUAAAGAUGUGCUUUAUUCUCAGUUUACUGGGAAGGCAGAAUCUGUUGAUUGUUCAAAGCUUUCAACCUCAAGUAAUAUUUGCAAAGUUCAUGACAGCACUAUUUGUGAAAAUUGUUGUCUUACUGCUCAUGACCAGCAUGCUGGGUUGGAACCAGAGCAAUCCAACAAGCAAGCUCUUGGUGCAGAAAACGAUGAAGGCUUAAGAAAUUUGCCAUGCAUACCAGCUGUUGACCAAGUUCCUUCCACUCACAGCAGUGCAUAUUGUUUGCCAAGUAACCUACUUAAAGGAGAAGAUAAUCCUCCUGGUCCCUGUGCUAGGCCAGAGAACUCAGGUGUGAUGCCAAAUAAUUCAUCAAAAGAGAAGAACUAUGCCAGACAACAAACAACUUCAAAAGCUGUGAGGAAUUAUCCAACAGAAUCGAUGCUUUUUUCCUACAAGAAUUUUGUUGAGCUCUACAGCUUCAACAAGUUGGAAUUGCACCCAUUUGGUCUUUACAACCUUGGGAAUAGCUGCUAUGCAAAUGUUGUUCUUCAGUGCUUGGCAUUUACCCGGCCACUUACAGCAUAUCUUUUGGAAGGACAUCAUUCACAAAAUUGUUCUAAAAAUGAAUGGUGCUUCAUGUGUGAGUUGGAAAAGGUCUUGAUAGAGGGCAAACAUGGAAAAUCUCUAGUGUCACCUACUGGAAUACUAUGUCAUUUGAAUGAGAUUGGGGUUAGCUUUGGCCAUGGGGCGGAAGAGGACGCCCACGAAUUUCUAAGGUAUGCAAUUGAUAAGAUGCAAUCUGCUAGCAUCAAGGAAGCCAAGAAAAAUGGUAUCCAGCAGCUAGCUGAAGAAACAACUCUGGUGCACUUUAUAUUUGGGGGUUAUCUACGAUCUAAGAUAAAAUGCACAAAGUGUCAAGUCAGUUCAAAACAGAGUGAACGUAUUUUGGAUUUAACUGUUGAAAUAGAUGGGGAUAUCAAUACCCUUGACGGUGCACUUCGUCGGUUUACAUCUUCAGAAGUUUUAGACGGUGAUAAUAGGUACCAUUGUAGUAGAUGCAAUUCGUACGAGCGUGCCCAAAAGAAGUUGACUAUAUUAGAGGCCCCGAAUAUAUUGACAAUUGCUCUGAAAAGAUAUCAGUCUGGUGUUUUGGGCGAGACCAGCAAGGUUGUCAAGUUCCCAGAGCACUUAAAUUUGUCACAGUAUAUGAGUAGAACAGAUGAUUCUAGUCCUGUAUACACUUUGUAUGCCGUGGUUGUCCACCACAAUGUUUCGAAUGCAACUGUGUCUGGCCAUUAUGUAUGUUAUGUCAAGGAUUCCCAAGGAAAGUGGCACGAGAUGGAUGAUAACAAGGUGAAACCUGUCUCCAUCCAAAAGGUCCUGUCAAAAUGCGCAUACAUGCUGCUUUAUGCAAGAAUUUCACCGCGUGCCCCAACCGGUGCAAGGGGAGCAAUGCUCAGACAAGGCGCAUCAUCACAUACGAAGAAACCCAAGCAGAUGACACGUUCAGGAUCGUUUCCUUCAGGAGGAGGCAGGUACCAGAGCAGCAGGCACCAACAAGGUGGGUUGUCUAAGGAUGAUGCGGUGCACGACCUUACAUACGCAUUGGGUACAUCUGAUAGGUCAUCGUCGUACCCGGUACCACCGGCCUGCUUCAGUCGCAGCAACAGCUCCUCGCUGUUCAGCAGCUCUGAUGUAGGGUCAAGCUGCACUUUUAGCAGCGACAACACUGAUAGUACCAGGAAAUCCUGCAUGGAGUAUGGCCAUAUAUUUGGAGCCUCGGGUUACAUGUGCCAGGUAAGCCCAGCGGUCAUACCCGAGGAAGACAAACUGAGUUACCUACGGCAAAGGUCUAGCUGGAACCCUAGCUCUUCAUGUCAUGACAUGGAUGAGGAGGUAGGUAAGUUUGCACGGCAGUACCAGCGAAGGUAUCAGUAUCAGGCUGGCAGAGGGCCUCGUGUAAACUCUUGUGGGGAGACCACAUCCUUCUCUUACGCUGAUCAAGGUAAAUAUCAGGGCAGUAGUAGUCAUAACCGUACUAAUUUUGGUAGUAGUAGCUGUAAAUUAACAGAGGAGCGGAGGAGUACAGGGCCGGCAUUUUUUCUAGAAGGUCGACUAGGGAGAGGACUCUCCAAGUAUUUUUAUUUUACUGUACAAGGGGGCUUGGGCUUGGGCUUAUAGAGAGAGAUUAACUAUUCAUUCAUCAUGUAUGAUGAUUACACACACCAUUGCAAUUUGCAAUUGCAAUUCAAAAGAGGGGGCGUGGUUCAUACAGGGAGUUGUGUUGGCGUAUGUAGCCAAGUACUCUAACCUGUCAAGGUCGGGCAAAAUUCUUUUUUUUUUUUGCCAAAUGGAUUUUAAGAAAAGGAGCAGCAGUAGUGUUCGACUUUCUCAACGUCUUCUCCGAAUGUGAUGGUCUGACCCCAUGCAGCAGAUCGGGAGAAAGAAAAGAUAAAUAAAAUUCAGAGAACCGUGACAAGAAAUGCCGAAGUAUGUUAUUUUUUUUGUCACUGUCGGCUUUUCUUUCUGUCGUGUUGUAAACGGGUUGGAUUAAACAUAUUUGGAAGGCGCUGAGCAUGUUGAGUACUAGUAUCUGGCUACUCUAUUUCUUGAAAUUUUGGCAGAAAAAGAGUCGGAAUUUUGCACGACGUUGCAGGUUCAGUGAUACUCCAAAGAAACUCGUGUUUCUCUGC